AUGCUCCCCGCGCCGAUACCUUCCGCGGUCACUACCCGGACGAGAGCCGUCCCCCGCGGCGCUAGUCCCUCGGGGAGCAGCGGCGCAGCGUCGAGCAAGCGCGUUGGCGCUGCAUGGGGGAAGAAGCGCGGGGCCUUGGGGGGGCGCACGAGCGUGCAGAGGGUAUCGGCGGGGGCAGGCUCCGCCGCGGGAGUGGAGGGCGCGAGACGGGCGCAAGCGGAGGAAAGCGAGGAGGAAGGGGAGGGCGUGGCGACGAUGGGCGACCUCAUGGACAUGGUUCGCGACGCCGAGCAAACCUUCCACCUGCCAGCAAUCGACCACUGCAGCCUACGCUGUGCUCCCUCCCUUGCCGCUUGUUCAUCUUUACUCUAUCCGCUGUCCCUGCUUUGCUUCGUCGUUCCACUCUCCUCCGCUCACACGAUGUACCACUUUUUUCCCUUGCUCCUCCCGCCGCCAUCAGACGUGCAGCAGCUGAACGCCCUGCAUGCCGCGGCGUUAUCGGAGCUUGCAAAAGCGAGUACGCGGAGGGAGUCCUUGCAGGAGCAGGUGAAGCUCAUGGGCGCGCGUCUCGAAGGCACGCAGCGCCAGCUGCAACUGCUGGGCUUCGCGGAGGGCGAUUCGGACGAGGGGAGACGCGCGGUUGUCGAGGCGGGGGAAGGCGAGGGGGCGCAGCAGCGCGAGCGGCAGCAGAGGAAGCGGGAGCAGGAGCUGGAAGCGCAGGUGGCGGCGGCGCAGCGGCGACUGGAGGAGAAGGUGGUGGUGCGCAACCGGAUUACGGAGCUGCGCCGCGAGGUGGUGAGACUGCAGCAGCGCGCGGCGCAAGGCGCGAUGAUGGGGGAGAGGUUGAGGCACGCGGAGCGGCAGCAGGCGGAGCUGGAGACGACGCUCGAGGGCGCGCGGGGCGAGGAGAGGCGCGCGCGGGAGAGGGGCGAGGAGGUGGAGAGGCGCAUGGGGGCGGAGGUGGCGGCGGUGCGCGAGCAGGUGGAGCGCAUGGAGCGGGACCUGGCGGGGCUGGCGCACGUGCAGCGGGAGCUGGGGCAGGUGGCGGAGGAGAACGCGCAGAUGGAGGGCGAAGUGGCGCGGCUGAAGGAGGAGCUGGCGGAGCGGGAAACGGAGGCGCAGUCGGCGGCGUGGGCGCAGGAGGGCGAGGUGCAGCUGAUGCGCGCGCAGCUGCUCAAGGACGUGGGCGAGUGGCAGGAGCGCGCGUGGGGGGAGGCGGAGGCGCGGGAGAGUGCGGAGGAGGAGAGGGGGAAACGGCAGGAGGCGGUGGCGGCGCUGCGGGAGGUGGCGGAGAGGCAGGAGAAGGUGCUGCAGCGCGCGCUGAGGCAGCUGCAGGUGAAGCUGGGCGAGGCCGUGGAGUGGCGCGACGACGUCGUGAAGGAGGCCGUCAGGGACAAGGAAAGAGCCAUCGCGUCGCUCCGCGCCACGCUGCAGAUGCUGCAGGGGCGCGAGGAGGAGCGCGCGGGGGAGGUGGCGCAGGCGGAGGAGCAGGCGGAUGGGCUGCAGGAGCAGCUGGCCGCGGCGGAGUUGGCAGCGGAGGAGUGGGGGCGGGAGAGGGCGCGGGUGCGCGAGGUGCACUCGAGGGAGGCGGAGGCAGCGGGGCAGGCGGCGGAGGAGGAGGCGCGGAUGGUGGUGGAGGGCAUGCGCGCCAUGGAGCGCGCGCGCAUGGACGUGGCGGCGCAGGUGGCGGCGCUGAAGGGCGUGGUGGAGGAGCGGGAGAGGAGCCUCGCGGAGGAGAGGCGGCAGAGGGAGGAGUUGGGGGAGCAGCAAGGGGCGCUGCAGCGGGAGGUGGAGAGCGCACAGGCGCGGCUGAGCGACGCGGAUAGCUCGCGGGAAGAAGCAGAAGCGCACGGGAGGGAGCGGCUGGGGGAGGUGGAAGCUGAGGUGGCAGUGGUGGUGGCGCGGGAGGGGGAGCUGGGGUGGGUGGAGGCCGAGCUGGAGAGGUUGAGAAACGAAGCAGCGCGGUUUGCAGCGGUGAUGGAGGAUUCUGAUCGGUUGGAGGCGUGGGCUGGUGAGACAGGGCGGAGGAACGAGGAGCUCCGGCAGGCGAUUAUGGAGAGCAGGGAGAGGGCGGCGGGUGUAGAGGCGGAGCGAGGGGCGGAGUGGGCAGAGCGGCAGGCGGAGAGGGAGGAGUGGGCGCGGGUGGAGGCGGAGCGGGAGGAGCUGGCGGGGGCGAUCGAGUCCCUCAGGGCGCAGGUGGUGCGCGCGGACGAGAGCAUGCAGGCGCAGCAGCAGCUGCACGACGCGCAGGCCCGCGCCUUCCAGGAAGGGCUGGCAGCCGCGGCGGCGAGUGCGGAGGCGUACCAGGAGCAGGAGGAGGCGGGGCGCGCGGAGAAGGAGCGGAUGGAGCGCAAGGCGCGGUGGGGCAAGGUGGUGCCGGCGGGCGAGCUGGCGUGGGAGUACUGGAGCACGCUGCUGCUCACCGUGGACCAGCUGCUGCUGCACCGCCACCUCGUGCCUGAUGACGCGCGCAAGCUGAGGGCCAUGGUGUGGCGCCGCAGCGUGCGCGUGCAGGAGGCGUGGGAGUCCGUGGGGGGCGCCCAGGUGGUGCAAGCCGCGCUGGAGAGUGGCGGGUCGCAGGGGGAAAGGCGAGCGGGUGCAGUGGGGGUGGAGGAUGCAGUGGUGGCGGCAGCGCUGAGAGGCGUGCUAGAGGAUGAUCCCAAGGACAGCAGGCGCCCCCUGCACGUGGUGCACAUAGCAGCAGAGAUGGCCCCCGUCGCCAAGGUGGGAGGGCUGGCAGACGUGGUGACGGGGCUGUCACGCGCGUUGCAGCAGCGGGGCCAUCUGGUGGAGGUGGUACUGCCCAAGUACGACUGCAUGGACUACUCACGCAUCCUAGACCUCAAGCACGUGCCAGUGGAGUUUUCCUGCUACUUUGACGGCCAGCAGCACCCCUGCAAGAUAUGGCGCGGCAUCGUGGAAGGCUUGCCGGUGUACUUCUUGGAGCCACAGCACCCGGCGCGGCUGUUCUGGAGGGGCGCCUUCUACGGCUGCUCCGACGACUUCCGGCGCUUCUCCUUCUUCUGCCGCGCGGCCCUCGAGUUCCUCGCCGCCUCGGGCAAGCGCCCUGAUAUCAUCCACACACAUGACUGGCAGACCGCUCUCGUGGCGCCACUGUACCACGAUGUGUUGAUGCCGUGGGGCUUCACCUCAGCGCGCCUGGCGUUCACGUGCCACAACAUGGAGUACCAGGGCACCGACGCCCCGCCCGCCCUCGCUGCAUGUGGGCUGGACCCCGCACGCCACAACACGGUGGAUGGCAUGCGCGACCCCAAUGCAGGCAACCGCAUCAACGUGCUCAAGGGAGGCAUAGUGUACUCGGACAUGGUCACCACCGUGUCACCCACAUACGCCAUGGAAGUGCGCGGACCCGAGUACGGGCGAGGGCUGCAGGGGGUGCUGCAGCAGCACGCGGGCAAGUUCCGCGGAGUGCUGAACGGCAUCGACAACGUGGCGUGGGACCCCAGCACCGACCCCCUGCUGCACCAACACUACACCGCACAGGACGCCGUGCACGGCGGCAAGCCCGCCAACAAGGCGCACCUGAGGGCGCUGCUGGGGCUCAGCGACCAGGGCAGCGAUGCCCACAAGCCGCUGGUGGUGUGUGUGACGCGGCUGGUGCCGCAGAAGGGCGUGCACCUCAUCCGGCACGCCAUCUUCAGGGCCAGGGAGCGAGGUGCACAGUUCGUGCUGCUCGGCUCCAGCCCCGUGCCUGACAUCCAGCGUGACUUUGAGGGCAUAGCGGCGCAGAUGGCGGGCAGUGGGGACGUGAGGCUGGUGCUCAAGUACGAUGAGAACCUCUCCCACCUGCUCUUCGCCGCCGCUGACCUCGCCAUCAUCCCCUCCAUCUUCGAACCCUGCGGCCUCACCCAGCUGAUCGCCAUGCGCUAUGGCGCCAUCCCCCUCGUGCGCAGAACAGGCGGACUGGCCGACAGUGUGUUUGACGUGGAGGACAGCUCUGUGCCCAUGGACAGCCGCAACGGCUUCUGCUUCACCAAGGCUGACGUGCAGUCAUUCAACGGGGCAUUUGACCGCGCCAUCUCGAGCUACUACGAGCGGCAGGAGUGGUGGCAGGAGCUGGUGGUGCGGACUAUGAACAUGGACUUUGGAUGGGGUCAAUCCAGCGAGCAAUACGAGGAGCUCUACUUGAACUGCUUGCCUGCACGCGUGCAUGACUGA